UGCAAGUGUAAGAAACAUUUGAAGGCAGAAUGCUACGUGGCAGUCUCUCUCAGUAUAAUCUUUUACCUCCACAGUUGCUUGAUUCAGGUCUUGAACCAUGAAUCAGUUGUUUCAAACAAGACAAUUUUGAGAGCCAGUUAGAGACUCAAAAGUGCAAACCACCUUUCUUCAUUGCAGAUACCAGGGAAUCAGGCACGUGGAAACAUGUCUGGAAAACCCAAGCUGCACUACUUCAAUGGACGUGGCCGCAUGGAACCAAUUCGGUGGCUCCUGGCCAUAGCUGGGGAUGAGUUUGAAGAAUCUUUCUUGGAAAAAAAGGAGGAUCUGACAAAGUUACAGAAUGAUGGAUCCCUGCUCUUUCAGCAAGUGCCGAUGGUAGAGAUCGACGGGAUGAAGCUGGUGCAGACCAGAGCCAUUGCCAACUACAUAUCAACGAAGUACAACCUCUAUGGGAAGGACAUGAAGGAGAGAGCCCUAAUCAACAUGUACGUGGAAGGAAUUUUCGAUCUCUAUGAGUUAUUCAUCAUGUAUCUUAUCCAACCAGCAGACAAAAAGGAGGAACAUUUUUCAAAUAUGAUGGACAAGGCUGAAAACAGAUACUUCCCAGCCUUUGAGAUGGUUUUGAAAGAGCAUGGAAAAGACUUUCUGGUUGGCAACCAGCUGAGCAGAGCGGAUGUUCAAUUACUUGAAGUAAUUUUGAUGGCAGAGGAGUACAAACCUGAUAUACUUGCCAAAUUUCCUCUCUUGCAGAUUUUCAAAGCAAGACUAAGCAAUAUCCCCACAAUAAAGAAAUUCCUGCAGCCUGGCAGCCAGAGGAAACCACGAACAACAGAGGAAGAUAUCGCCAGAGCAAUAAAAAUAUUCCGCUCUUGAGCAGCAUUCUAAACCCAUAGAAGCUGUAUUACACUGUAUUUGCUGUUAGUGGCUGAGUGAAAUUAAUGGAAUUAGUGAAAAAAAAAAGGGUUUUGAUUUCUCUUUCCUUAGCUGACUGAUUUUAGCCUACAGCAGACACUUCAAUGUAAAGUUACAUGAAUGUACCCGCCAAGGAAAUACUUCCCUAAAUAGGUAGUAUAUUGGACAACUGCGGAUGCCUUAAUUAACUAAAGAAAAUACCUGAAAUAAAUUGUUACUAUUGAUACUAAAAACUCAUUGAUUUAUUGAUUUCAUUGAUUUCUUGCUGCUACUUCUAUGCCUGAGAUCAGUCUGGUUCUGUUUUUCUGGCAUUCCCAAGAAUUGUUGGAAAAUUAGGAGUGAUUAUCCCAAAGAGUAGGUCUUUGUCACAGUAUAAAUCUGGCUAUAAUAUGAAACCUAAUUUGGCUCUUCUAAUUCAAUCAACAGCUCCCUAGGUGAAGAGUGAUAGGAUAGAUUUGAACUCAGAGCACCCCAACUAAUCCCUUUCAACCAUAAAUGCAGAGACAUUACAGGUCAAAGUACUGGGCUGUGGUAAGACCCAGACCAACCAGCAGCUAAGGCCUGGUAGUUUAGAGCUGCCUGUAUAGGAAACUGUGAACAAUAAAACACCCUGCUUGGUGAGGACCA